UUUUUCCUUCCCCUCACAUUCAGUGUCUGAAACAUUUCCAACCGAAAUCUCGAAACCAAAAAAAAAAAAAAGAAAGAAAAAAAAAGCAAACCAAAAAAAAAAACAUUUCGUUAAGGAACUUUCAUCUCCUUUUUCCUUCUCAUUCUGUCAGUUACUUGGGAGAAAAUUCAAAAGAAAUAAUGGCGUUGAAUUUGGCAAGCCAGAUUGGAACUCUCGCCGGGACACAAAUUCCGACCGAAGUCACCAAUGGAGAACAACUAUCUUCUGGGACGGUGAGUGCGUCGGCUGUUUGGAGAGCACCGGCGGCCAAUCUCCGAUGUAAGACGUCACAAGACACUGUAUCUCCACCUUCGUUAACUCCACCCCUGACACCGCGCAGCCCCGGAAGCAGGUCGCCUUUGAUGAGUCCGAUGCUGCGCCCGGAUCUCUCAGCAGCUUGCCAGGCCUUCACGACGUUAGCGCCACCGGAGACGGUGGAGGAGGAGGCGGCGGGAGUGGCGUGGAAGGAGGGAGGGAGGAAGGAGGAGAAGAGAGGGGUGCCGGUGUACGUGAUGAUGCCGUUGGAUAGCGUGACGUACGGGAACACGUUGAAUAGGAAGAAGGCGAUGAAUGCGAGUCUUCACGCGUUGAAAAGCGCGGGAGUUGAGGGGAUAAUGGUGGACGUUUGGUGGGGGCUUGUGGAGAGGGAGGCGCCGGGUGCUUACAAUUGGGGUGGCUACGCCGAGCUUCUCGAGAUGGCCAAGAAACACGGCCUCAAAGUCCAGGCUGUCAUGUCGUUUCAUCAGUGUGGCGGCAACGUCGGAGACUCUUGCACUAUUCCUUUGCCCAAGUGGGUUGUGGAAGAGAUUGACAAGGAUCCAGACAUUGCAUACACAGAUCAAUGGGGAAGAAGGAAUUAUGAAUAUGUUUCACUUGGUUGUGAUACCCUUCCAGUCUUGAAGGGUCGUACUUCUGUUCAAUGUUAUGCUGAUUUCAUGCGUGCCUUCAGAGACAACUUCAAGCAUCUACUUGGUGAUACCAUUGUGGAAAUCCAGGUGGGAAUGGGUCCGGCAGGUGAGCUUCGAUAUCCUUCGUAUCCAGAGCAGGAUGGAACAUGGAGAUUCCCUGGAAUUGGAGCUUUCCAAUGUUAUGAUAAGUAUAUGCUUAGCAGCCUGAAAGCAGCAGCUGAAGCGGUUGGUAAGCCAGAAUGGGGUAGCACAGGCCCAACUGAUGCUGGCCACUACAACUAUUGGCCAGAAGAUACGCCAUUUUUCAAGAAAGAAGGUGGUGGUUGGAAUAGUCGCUAUGGUGAAUUCUUCCUUUCCUGGUAUUCUCAGAUGCUAUUAGACCAUGGUGAGAGAAUUCUAUCUUCAGCUACAUCAGUCUUUGAAGGUGCAGGUGUUAAGAUCUCUGUAAAAGUUGCUGGAAUCCACUGGCACUAUGGUACCCGGUCCCAUGCCCCUGAACUCACAGCAGGGUACUAUAACACAAGGUUCCGAGACGGUUACCUCCCUAUUGCUCAAAUGCUAGCACGACAUGGUGCUGUUUUCAAUUUCACUUGCAUAGAAAUGCGUGAUCAUGAGCAGCCACAGGAUGCGCUAUGUGCACCUGAGAAGCUAGUCAGGCAAGUGGCUUUAGCUACUGCAGCAGCACAAGUUCCACUUGCAGGGGAGAAUGCACUGCCCCGUUAUGAUGAGUAUGCCCAUGAUCAGAUCUUACAAGCAUCAUCAUUGAAUAUCGAUGGCUCCUCCGAUGAUAGGGAGAUGUGUGCAUUUACAUACUUGAGGAUGAACCCAUCCCUCUUUCAGCCAGAAAACUGGAGACGGUUUGUAGCGUUUGUGAAGAAGAUGAACGAGGGAAAAGAUGCUUAUCGGUGUUGGGAGCAGGUGGAGAGGGAAGCCGAACAUUUUGUCCAUGUCACCCAGCCUUUGGUUCAGGAGGCUGCCGUUGCCCUUAGUCACUAGCAAGGCGUUCUUUCGCACUGGGGCAAGGUAGCUUAGUACAGACACUUUGGCCUUGUCCCUUGCCUUGAUUGGUUCUUCAGAUGGGACAUCUGCUCUCUGCAAUGAUUUGUAAAAUUUUAUGGGCAAUCCUGCAAGCAAUGCUAAAUAAACCUACACUGCUAGUCUUCAAAACUCAA